AAAGCUGGAAAAAAGAAGCGUGAAAAUUCAGAAUUUCUCAUAUCUAUCGAAACGACGAUUCCUUCCAAUUGCAAUUUUAACUCUCUCUCUCAUCCUCUUGCUUGUUCCCUAAAUUUGGGAAUCUCUACGUCGCACUCAUUUUCUCUCUCAUCACUCAGGUUUUUGAGGAAGUUGAGUGAUUUGAUUCUAAAGCUUAGUAAGAAAAAAUGUUUUUUAAUGGUUAUCCGUACCAUGGAGGUUCGUUUGAGCAAUCAUAUCGAUGUUACCCAGCAUCCUUCAUUGAAAAGCCACAAAUUGAGAGUGGUGAUAAGAUUAUAAUGCCUCCAUCAGCCCUUGAUCGUUUGGCUUCUCUUCAUAUUGACUACCCAAUGCUUUUUGAGGUGCAAAAUGACGCUGCAAAUCGAGUCUCCCAUUGUGGGGUUCUUGAGUUCAUUGCAGAGGAAGGCAUGAUUUAUAUGCCAUAUUGGAUGAUGGAAAACAUGCUUUUGCAAGAGGGAGAUAUUGUUCGGGUUAAGAAUGUGACUCUGCCAAAGGGGACAUAUGUUAAACUGCAACCUCACACACAAGACUUCUUGGAUAUUUCUAAUCCAAAGGCAAUUUUGGAGACCACUUUGAGGAACUAUUCCUGCUUGACUACUGGAGAUAGCAUCAUGGUGGCUUAUAAUAACAAGAAGUACUACAUUGACAUUGUGGAAACAAAGCCCUCUAAUGCAAUUAGUAUUAUUGAGACAGAUUGUGAGGUCGAUUUUGCCCCUCCUCUUGAUUAUAAAGAACCUGAAAGACCUGCUGUAUCUGGCUCUGGCAAGGCACCAGCUCAAGCUGAAGAGACUCCUGUUGAAAUAGAGCCGAAAUUUAAUCCCUUUACUGGUGUUGGAAGACGCUUGGAUGGGAAGGCUGCACAACCUUCAUCUUCUCCUGCUUCUACUUCGGUAACCAAAGAUAAGCAGCCUUCUCCUGCCUCUAGGCCUGGGCAGUCUGCUGCAGGGUCUAGUUCCCAAAGCACGAGUCGCCAGUCACAAGGAAAACUUGUUUUUGGUUCAAACGCCAAUCGUACUCCUGAGACGCAAAAGGAACCCGCCAAAGAAAAGAAAGAAGAGCCUCAGAAAGAAGAGUCAAAGUUUCAGGCUUUUCAAGGGAAGAAGUAUUCACUGAGGGGUUGAUCUUGUGAUUAUGUCACUUUACAGUUCACUGUCUCAGUGUUGAUAGAAUACAGAAUUUGAACACUUUGGCUGUACCAUCAAAAUGCAAGAGCAGGUUCUUAUUUUGAGUUGAACCGAAGAAAAAAGAAGAAAAUAGUUGCACCUUGUUAAGUUAUACAGUAGACUAAAAUGUUCUGAAUCUUCAUCUGUCUACACGAAAUGGAAAUUGCUCAAAACGUUUUCCUUGACAUUUUAAGAUCUAAACCCUGUGUAUACUUUUGUACCGAACUUUUCAUCUUCGAUUCCACAAGGUUCGUUUACAA